CAAAUAGUCGGUUAGGAUGUUCUUGAUUCCCGGUGGUCUGGAUGGUGACGUAGAUCCAUACUCUACUGGGAUCUAGACACAGAACCCGACAGAGAAGGAGAGAGCAGUUGCGAAAACAGCGAUAUCGUUAUUUAUGUAUAGCCAACGGAGUACCGACUGCCGACUAGUAACUAGGAAGGGUGACUCUAUAUCUCAGUACUCCCUAGCGACGAUCUACCCCAAGCAGUACCUACGCCUUUCAAUAUAAUCCAGUAGCAGUACAUUGUGUGGAUUUCUGGUCUGUCGCUGCUAACCAACGUAAAAUCCACCACUGAGAACUGAGAAGUGAGGACUAUUGACUAUUAACUCACGGGUACACUAUAGAGGAUCACUUUCGAUCGGUACGCAGGGUUGAUGUCCUGGAAAAUUGCCACGAGCCUGAAACCGUUUUCUUCUACGGCAACGUCCAGGAUGAGAUUGUGCAAGCAGCGGUGGAUAAUAACAGAAAAAUCCAACGGCUAAAUGACGAGGAUCAGAUUGUCGCUGUCAAUUCCAAGGACUUGCUGGUGAUAUUCCUGGACCAGGUGCACAACUGGAGCAAAAGACUAGCAGGAGCUUUUAUAGGGAUCAACACCGUUUUUGUGGUGGUUGAAGAACUGAAGUUUGAUCAGGUGAAAGUGAUAUUUGCGGAUCUGUGGAACGCCAGUGAGAGCGCCAAUGUUUUUGUUUUCUCCAAGACGGAGGAUGGAAAGAGCUUGCAGGUUGUUACUUUCAAUCCGUACGGCAAUUACGCCCCUAAGGGGUUUUGGAACAGGUGGAAGGAGCAGAAGAUAUUUUUUGGGAGAUAUUCAAUUGAUAGAAGGAUAGAUCCAUGCUCAAUCCUGCUAUUCGACCGCACAAAGAACCUAGAAGACUACCCAAUCCAAGCUCUGCAAUUCUUACCAAACGACGGGGUAAAACCAAUGAUAAGUCAUUUUCUAGUAACCCGAAAAGGCUCUUUCCCAUACGUGACAAUCUACCCGAGGUUAACCUUCAUCCUGAGCAGCCUGACAAAUUCCCUAUCAGUUUCCGUUAAUCUAACCAACCUAAUACCCCUAGACGAAAAAUUAUCUUCAAUCCUGAUCAAAUCAUCCCUGAAAAAAUCGGUGGACCUCAAAAUUCAGCCUGUCUCCACCCGCAACACCAGUUUAUUAUCCUUUUACGACCCUUCCUACCCAUUCAUGACCCACCAAGACGUCAUAGUAACCCACCGUCUAGGUCUCAUGACCCCCUUGGAAAAAAUGUUCAACUUCUACGGAUGGCUCACCAUUGCCGCCACUGUGGUAAUAAUCUCCGCAGCUUUUCUCGUAAUUUACCUGUCCAACAACCUGCAUUUAUCCUUCAGUAUCUUCAAUUCUCUCCGGUUGAUCAUCAACAUAGGCAUUACUUCCAAAAUGGAGUCCACCAAAAGCAGAAUAUUCUUCUCAAUGAUCUUCCUUUACUUCUUGGUGAUCCAAGCAACAUUCUCCGGACAUUUGGCAGCUUUUCUGACCAAACCGGAGUACCGAAAAAACGUCGAAAGUCUAGACGACCUCAAGGAUUCACGGUACCAAGUGAUUUACGCUCAUAAAUCCUCAGAAGGUUACAUCACAGAUGAAUCAUUACUUUCCAAAACUAUUUUUGGAAAAUAUCAUUGCAAUACUGACACUAUUGUCAAUCCAAGAGUCGCUUGCGUUGUCAGUUAUAGAACAAUAAGAUACCUGAUCGCUGAAUUUGAUCUUCAUCAAGCAAAAAAUCCUUUGGUUUCUAGUUUCAACUUCUUUUUAAUAAGGAAAAAUUGGAGACUCAAAGACCGGGUUAAUUUUUUAAUAGCAAGGAUUGUUGAUUCUGGGCUUAAUUUCCAGAAAUCUAACUUUUCUGGGUCGAAGAUCAAGAGAUACUUUCGCCAGCUGAAAGAAAGGCUUGGUCCUAAUUAUUAUCGACCAGUUGAAUUCCAGGAUCUGUUUUUUAUAUUUGUCCUGCUUAGUGUUGGGCUUCUGGUGGCAAUUCUGGCGUUCUUUGGGGAAUUGGCUGUUCAAGGAUGGAAGGAUCAUCAGAAUAGCAUCAGGAAAAGAUGGAGAGCUGUUAAAAGGGGGGUUAAAAUUGUGAGAAGUAUGGUGAUGGUUAAAAUUAAGAAGUGGACGAGAAAACCUAGAAAAAAGCGAAGAUCUAGGUCAUAAAAAGGUUAUUGGGUAAAGGAUAUUGUAGUCGGAGAGAUUCUCUGUAGUUUGAGUACCCACAUAGUUUUUUGUGCGCGUGUGUGCUCAUGUGUGCUUUUUGUGUGUAAUUUAGGGAAAGGAGUAGUGUUGGUAGUCUAAUUAAAGGAAAUUUUGAGGGGAAACUAAUGGUGCUAUUGGAAAUUUAAUAAAAAAAUUUUGAAAGAUUUUAAGAGUUGUUUUUUUGUAGGAAGGAUUUUUUUUGAGA